AUGCUAAAAUGGCGUCAAUGGAACUUGACGGCUGUAUUUUGAUUUCAUUUUUGGAGUAACCCUGCCACGUGGCAGUACACAUUGGAGAAAUUACAUUUUCAAUGAUUAAAAUAAUCUAUUUUUUUAAAUUAUGUAAAUAAUAAAUGUAGAUUUUGUAAAUUAUUACUGUUUUUUUAAUGAAAAAGUGGGUGCAACAAGGGAAUUAGUUGCUGUAACGACGCUUCAUUUCGAGUGCUCCAAUUUUCGUGAAAUACUACACAACUAAAAGCUCUUUGAUUUAGAAAAUUGUAUAUAAUUAUUAAUUAAGUAUUGAAAAAAGUAUUUUUAGUAAUACAAAAUGCUUUACCUGGAAGAUUACGUUGAAAUGAUCGAGCACCUUCCACAGGAGUUAAGAGAUCGAUUUACAGAAAUGAGAGAGAUGGACUUAGGUGUACAGAAUUCAGUGGAUAGUUUGGAAAAGAAAGUAAAAGUAUUUUUUUCAAAUGCCAAGAAAAUGAAGCCAAACGAAAAAGACGAAGAAUAUAAAACAAUACAAAAGGAAUAUUACAAAACACUUGAGGAUGCCGAUGAAAAAGUUCAUUUAGCGAAUCAAAUGUAUGAUUUGGUAGAUAGGUAUUUGCGAAGAUUAGAUCAGGAACUUCAUAAAUUUAAAAUGGAAUUAGAGGCUGAUAAUAAGGGUAUCACAGAAGUUUUGGAGAAGAGAUCCCUGGAAUUGGAUCAACCUCCCACGAAUAGUAGUCAAAAAGAAAAUCGUUAUAGCUUUUCUUCGAGUAGAUCUCGUGACAAUCAUAGUCAUUCUCGUUCUGAAAAGAGAAGAGAUUCAAAUGCGUCUUCAGCGUCAGCGGAAAAACGUUUAGCAGCGGCUGAAAAAAUUCCUCAAAGUCUUCCCGCUGAGCCACGUCCAGCGUCAGCGAAUUCUGGAACAAUUAUUACAACGGCAAGUCUUCCCGCUGCACAAACGGCAAUAGCAAAUUCUGUUGGUUCUGUGAGUUAUAAUUUGGGUCAUAUUGGAGCUGGUGGUAAUGCCAUUGCUGCGGCAGCAUCGCAAGCAAUUGCCGCAACACAACAAAUGCAACAGGGAAGACGUACCGCAAGUUUAAAAGCCAGCUACGAGGCCAUUAACACUGGUGGUGUUCAUGCAGCUGAAUUUAGUCGAGAAUUGGCCGGCGCUGCUCAAACUGCUAUAGCAGCUAUUCAAGAAACUACCAAAAAGCACAAAAAAAAAGUUACUGCUGCUACAGUUCCAAAUUCGAGCGUUAUUACAGCCGCUGUUCAACAACCUGUUACACCCCCGGUUGUAACGACAGCAAGUACAGUCACAGAUUCAGAUAAUCCUGAUUGGACUUACGAUCCAAAUGAACCGAGAUAUUGCAUAUGCAACCAAGUAUCUUACGGAGACAUGGUUGCCUGUGAUAAUUCUGAUUGCCCCUUCGAGUGGUUCCAUUACCCUUGCGUAGGAAUCACCUCUCCGCCGAAAGGGAAAUGGUACUGUCCUCAAUGUACAUCUUCAAUGAAGAGACGAGGUGGUCGGAAGAACUGAUUUCGGCACAGUUGAUCAAGAGAUUUCUACUACCUCUUAGGAUUGUCUGUUGAGCAUCAAUUUAUUUCGGCAACCGUUAAUUCUGAUUACACACUUUUUUUUAUUCCUUUUUACUUGCGGUUUUUUUUUUUUUUUUUUUUUUUUUUUUUUUUUUUUUUAUUUAAAUCGUACGCGACAAUAAUUCGCCAAUCGAUUCAAUUAAACAAUAUUGACUUUAAAUAGUAAGAAUGACUUUUAAGUGAGAUCGAUAGUAUACCAUUGAUAACUUUCUUAUUAUUAUUAUUUUUUUUUUUUUAUCGAAUUUUUAACUUAAGAUUGUAUAGGCGUUAGUUCAAAAAAAAAAAAGUUAGUCAAAAGAGAAAAGUGAGAUUGCAAUUUAGGAUAUAAACUUCAAGAUUUUUAACAUCAUUAGCAAUGAUGUUGGUAGCUCGAUUUUUGAGAAUGAACUUUAUGUUCAUGACAGAAGUACUGUUUUUCUAUUAUUAUAAUAAUAAUAUUAAUAAUAAUAAUAAUAAAAAAGAAACGCUUUUCUAAACAAUAGCAAUUUUCAAAUAUUUCAAAUUAUCACAUUUUUAAUGCUAUGCGUCUUUCAAUUCUAGGCGACUUGUUCGCUUGUUACUUCGUCUAUUUGUUAGUUCUAUGUAUUGUCAGAGAAAAGAAAAAACAAAAGCAAAAAAAAAAAAAAAAAAAAUGAUACAACGCAUAAAAUUCAUGAUUUUUAAACUUUUAGGAAAUGUAGUCAUUCCGAUUGUGUAAUAAAACUGAAGAAUGCAGAGUUA